AUGGCCCCUCCCUCGGGUCUCCAUCAAUCGGCCAUCCCCUCCGAUUUCGAGACGCCGUUCCCGCCGCUGGUCCGAUCGUCGACCGUGCCCGCGGGUCUCAAGUCGCACCGCGCCGACCCGUCGCACCUGGCCCCCGAAGACGCCUACACCCCAUACUCGCCGCCGCGCCGGUCCGGUACCUUCGACAGCACCGGAACCGCUUCGGGGACCGAAUCGCGUGCCGGACGCGCUCGACACAAGGAUGCUAGUCGCAGUCGGAGUCGGAGGCGCAAACGCUUCCAGAAAUUGCUUUGGGUAAAGCAGUCGUAUCCUGACAACUACACCGAUCAGGCCACCUUUCUCGAAAACCUCCAGCGCAACCCCCGCGUCCGCCCUUACGAUUUCUGGCCACUGGUUGCCGAUUCGACCGUCAUCGUACAACAUGUGUGCUCGGUCAUCAUCUUUGUCGUAUGCUUUGUGGGCAUCUUCCAAGAGCGUGUCAGCCCCGUAUCGGUGGUUGGGUGGAGCAGUUUCGCGACCUUUCUCGGUUGGCUACUAUGGGAUUGGUGGGUCACAAACGAGGCACCGGGCGGGUGGGAGGAUGACGAUGUCAGGGCACGCAUGAUACGGGAUGGACGAGCGUACAGGGAAUACCGUCCUCCACGACGGCAGGACUCUUCGGGGCUUGGCAGUCCGAUGCUCAACGCUAGUACCGUGAGCAUUUCGAGUGUGUCAAAUUUCCCUUCCGCCGCAAGCUCUACGACAAACCUCCUCCAAGACCACUCCGUGCCCCUCCAGCGGCCGCUUCAUCCACCGGGCACCAACACAAGCGGCGGGCUCCUUGCACCGACUCAGGUCCACUCCCGCUCUGCCAGCUCUAUCAACACCAUCGCAACCCAGGCCAGCGGUGCUGCCAGCCCUACAACCACCGCAGGAACCGCUGCCAACCUCAUAGCCGCCGGGACGACGGCUUUCGGAGGUCCUGGCACCACAGGGUUCUCCCCAGCUACUCGCAACCGGCUCAGCACCAUCAAGUCAGCCGUCCUGAUCUACUUCACGCUCCUCGGCCUCUCCCCCAUCCUCAAAUCACUCACCCGCUCCACCUCGUCCGACUCCAUCUGGGCUAUGUCCUUCUGGCUACUAGCCAUCAACGUUUUCUUUUUCGACUACUCCGGCAGCAGCUGGUCCGGUGGUCUCGGAGGAGCCGCUAGCGGCGGCGGCGGCGGCGGUGGUCCAGGGGCACAUGGCAAGCAGAUGCCCGUGGCGUCCAUGUCAACCAACGCCGCCCUGAUGGCAUCCACCGUGUUAGCCAGCCGACUGCCCUCCACUGGGCAGGUUUUUAGCUUGACGCUGUUCAGCAUCGAGGUGUUUGGUCUCUUCCCCGUUUUCCGGCAGUAUGCGAGGCACAGAAGCUGGCGGUAUCAUGUUGUGCUGACCGUGCUGCUGGUCCUCGGGGCUGGAGCCGGCGUGGGGAUGAUAUUGGGGGAUGAGAGGGGGUGGCCGUGGAAAAAGGGGCUGUUGGGGAUGGUGGUUGGGUGUUUGAUUGCUGCGCUAGCGAUGGGCGGGUGCAGUUGGUGGCUCAUUGGGUUGCAAAAGUACAAAAACGAGAUAUAUGGCCCGUGGGAUCCAGCAAGGCCGAUUAUUAUUAGUCGAAGGCAUUGGGAUGAUGAUUAG